CUCUUCUAGGAAGUUUCGAGAACGGGUACGGACGGUAAUAUUGGUGAGAGUUCUAUGCGUUUACAACAGUUCGUCAAAUACUAUUACGUGGAGCAAAACGAGCGUUUACAGCACGCGGAUAUUUCUCACGAGCGGUUUUCGUUCUGCUAAUACAGCAGGGAUAAUCCAAUCGCAACAGUAGCAGCUGUCUCUUCUAUAACAAAUAGAUUAUAGUAAAAAUGGUGAAGGAAACGACAUUUUAUGAUGUCUUGGGUGUCAAGCCUGGUUGUACUCGAGAAGAUCUCAAGAAGGCUUACAGGAAACUUGCACUGAAGUACCAUCCUGACAAGAAUCCCAAUGAAGGAGAAAGAUUCAAACAAAUCUCACAAGCAUACGAAGUAUUAUCCAAUCCUGAGAAGAAGAAAAUUUAUGACCAGGGUGGAGAGCAAGCUUUGAAAGAAGGUGGUGGAGGAAGCAGUAUGUUCUCUUCACCCAUGGAUAUCUUCGAUAUGUUCUUUGGUGGAGGUUUCUCUGGAAGAUCUGCUCGAAGAAGAGAGCGCAAGGGACAAGAUGUUAUACAUCAGCUUUCUGUUUCAUUGGAGGAACUGUACAAGGGCACUGUUCGCAAAUUAGCUUUGCAAAAGAAUGUUAUUUGUGAUAAGUGCGAAGGUGUCGGCGGUAAGAAAGGUUCGGUUGAGACAUGCUUAACAUGUCAUGGAUCUGGUAUGAAAGUUGUAAUACAGCCGCUAGGACCGGGAAUGAUUCAGCAUGUGCAGAGUGUCUGUUCAGACUGCAAAGGACAGGGAGAGCGCAUAAAUCCGCGAGACCGUUGUAAACAAUGUGGUGGUAGGAAGACAAUUAGAGACAGGAAAAUUUUGGAAGUUCAUGUUGAUCCAGGAAUGGCAGAUGGACAAAACAUCGUAUUUAGUGGAGAGGGAGAUCAAGAACCAGAUUAUGAGCCUGGCGACAUAGUCAUCCUUCUUGAAGAGAAGAAGCAUGAGGUCUUCAAGCGUUCACGUAAUGAUUUAAUUAUGAGGAUGCAACUAGAACUCGUCGAAGCCCUAUGUGGGUUCCAAAAAGUGAUUCACACUUUGGAUGGAAGAGAGUUAGUAGUGACCUCACUUCCUGGAACAGUAACAAAGCAUGGAGACUUGAAAUGUAUUAUGAACGAGGGAAUGCCGGUUUACAAGGAUCCUUUCACACAUGGCAGACUUAUAAUCCAAUUAGUAGUUAAUUUCCCAAAAACCAUUGAUAUUAAUGAUAUUCCAAUGCUUGAACGAUGUUUACCUAGGAGGGAAGAGGUUAUCAUUCCAGAAGGUGCGGAAGAAGUUAUACUUACGGACUUAGAUCCAGAACGAGAACAACGACAGGCGUAUGAAGAAGAUGAAGGAGGUGCUCCUCGAGUCCAAUGUGCCACACAUUAAUUUGAUUACAUCAAUGUCACAAUAAAUAUGGUCAUUCUUUCAUUUUAAACUUUUGUCCCAUUCGCUGAUUCUGAAUCGCAUCUAUUAACAGAAGAAUGAAAAAAUGCGGACACAAUAGAAAAAAAAAAUAAUGUUCUUCAAGACAAAUGAAAAGAACUUGAAGGAACAAAAUGUCUAGAUAUAUGCACGACUAUGAAAAACCGUAAGGAAUCACCAACGAUUCUUAUGCAAAGAUCAUACUUAACACUCGAUUGUAUUGAGAAACCGUUGACACUAUUGACUAUACAUUUAUCAUCGCGCCUAAAUUUCAACUAUAAAUUUUGGUGACAAUUAGUAAACUGAUUAUGAUUAGUUACUCGCUUGCUGUAGGAAAGUAUUACGAAAAAAAUGUACUUAUCAUCGAACAGUGAUAAGAAAAGGUGAACUUAUUCAACAUCUAACGUAACAUCUUGUAACGUUGGUAGUAAAUACAAACAUAAUCACUUAUAUCAUGCAAUAACGUUGAAAAUUCAAAUUUCUUUCCGCCUUACAAGCAUACUGAAAUGCUAGAAAUAAAGUUAGACCGUCGAACGAUACUACUCUGAUUUCACUGUCUGUAUUUGUAUUUCCCUAAGGUUCUUUAAACGAUUAACAAUUGACUACACGGGCUUGUCGGAUUCAACUCGAUGUCUAAUAUUAGUAAACACGAUACCAAUUCAAAUAGUAUGAAAUCUGUUGGUGGACGUAAUAACUCUGAUGAAAAUGAAAAAUUUAGUAAAGUGUUUCAUAGUUUGAUUGCAGAUCUCUAAAUCGCUUUUAUUUUAAUGGUACAUUACUCCAUUAUAUGUGGUCUAAUCUCUUUUAAGAGCUACGCUAGUGUAUGACGAUAUUGACAAAAUUAUUUAAAAUUUGUUCAACAAUAAUACGAUAUAAGGAAGAAAAAUGUGGUUCCUGUAUGUGUGAGUGGACUGUUGUGCGUAUUCAAAACUAUUAUUUAUUGCUACAAAAGAAAAGAUCAUUUCCAGGACCCGUCUCUCUGUCGCGAUCCUGGAAAGCGAAAGUAAAAUUAUAAUUACUUUUUGGAACUUGAAUCAACUAAUAUACAAUAAAUAUUCAAGAGGCUGCUUUGUAUAUCUUUUUUGAAAGGAACGCGAUUCCCUAUUCAUUUGUAACAAAACUAGUAAUGCGCAUGAACAACUGGCCAUUUUAAUGACCGUAAAUUUGUUAUAUAUUAAAUUAAAAUAGAUCUUCGAUACAUUCGCAUAAUUUACUGUACACAAGAUCGCGUACUCGUCUGCAGUUACUAUAGCAAAUUUAAAUAGAAAUGUAUUGUAAUCUUAUUUAUUAUAGAUCAAUUGGUGAUCAGUUAGUACUUUUUUGCGUCGUCAAAUAAAUUGAACAAAGUAUAAUGUGAA